AUGGUUACAGAUAUGUUCAACAUCGAGCAAUUGAAAUCUGAGUUAUCGUCCACGGAUUUCAAGUCAGUCGAGGCAUUGCUCCGGCAACUUGACAAAGACCUCACUCUCAGGACGUAUCUUCAAGGCUACGCUCUCAGUCCCGCCGGCGAGCAAGUACGGCGCGCGAUCCGAGCGAAUAGUAUGGCCAAUGCCGUAGCCCGCCGGGGCAAUUUGUCUCAUCUGUCACGGUGGUUGAACUACCUCGAAAUUGCUCAUCCCGAUAUCCAGACCGAGCUCAGCGCUUCCCAAAACCGAGCCCAAGACAAGCGCGCUGCUGUGAGCAGAGCCGGAGGGAACUAUAACAUUGGCCUCAAAGGCACCGAGAACGGAGUGGUGACUAGAUUCCCACCAGAACCGUCAGGGUACCUACAUAUCGGUCAUGCGAAGGCGGCUUUUCUUAACGACUUUUUUGCACAUAAUGCCUACGAUGGGAAGCUCAUUGUUCGUUUUGAUGACACAAACCCAGCCAAGGAGAAGCAAGAGUUCGAGGAAGCCAUCCUUCAAGAUCUGGGUUUGCUUGGUAUCCAACCCGAUCAGGUCACUUAUACGAGUGACCAUUUCUCUCAAUUAUGCGAGAUAGCCGAGCAGAUGAUCCGCGACGGCAACGCCUACGCCGACGACAACGAUCCCGAGGCGCUGACAGCGGAGAAAAAACAACGUCUCCCAAGCAGGAGGCGAGACCGCCCCGCAGACGAAAGCCUAGCCAUGUUCAAAGAGAUGCGCGCAGGUACCCCUCUUGGAAAACAGCACUGCCCAAGGGCUCGCAUCAAGUUCGACUCGCUAAACGGAGCUUUACGAGACCCGGCCAUCUACCGGUUUCCGCACACAGCGCGGGUAGCCCAUCACCGCACAGGCUGGGCCUGGAACAUCUACCCGACGUACGAUUUCGCAUGCCCGGUCGUCGACUCCAUCGAAGGCGUCACGCACGCCCUCCGCACGACCGAGUACGCGGACCGCAACGAGCAAUACCACUGGUUCCUCGGCGCCCUAGGCCUCCGGCCGGUCCAUCUCUGGGACUUUGCUCGCAUCAGCUUCGCCCGCACGUUUCUUUCCAAGCGCAAGCUCGCCCAGGUCGUCGAUUCUGGUGUUGGCACCGGGUGGGACGACCCUCGCAUGCCCACGGUCCGCGGCAUACUGCGCCGUGGCUUGACUGUGCAAGCGCUCCGGGAGUUCAUGCUGGGGCAAGGUCCGAGCCGUAAUGCCGUGACGAUGGACUGGACGAUAUUGUGGGCCAUGAAUCAGAAGGUUAUCGACCCGGUCGCGCCACGUCACACCGCAGUCGAGACGGAGAAGAUGGUCACGGCGACAAUCUUGAACGGGCCUGACGUGUCGUACUCUGAGCCUAAGCCCAAGCACCCGAAGAAUCCUGCCGUCGGAACAAAAUCGGUCACGUAUGGUCGGCCCAUACUUCUUGACCACGCUGAUGCGGCAUCCCUUGCAAUUGGUGAGAAGGUCACUCUCAUGGGCUGGGGCAAUGCUAUCGUCAAAGGGUGCAACAACUCCGGUGACGGUACAAUCAGAGAUUUGGUAUUGACGCUUCAGCUUGAUGAUACGGACUUUCGUAAAACCAAGAAAAUCACUUGGCUGGCCGGUGACGGGUCUAAUCUUGUGGAGGUCGAGUUAUGGGAGUUUGAUUAUCUGCUGACGAAGGAUACCCUUGGUAAAGAUGACAAUCUGGAUGAUUAUCUCACUCCUGUGUCCGCUUCGACGACCGACGUGCUUUGCGAUGCUGAUGUGGCACAUCUGGAGACAGGUGACAUCAUUCAGCUGGAGCGCAAGGGCUUUUACCGCGUUGACAAAGCUUUUGGAAAAGGCCCGAGAGGUAAGGCGGUUCUGUUCAAGAUACCUAACGCUUCCAAAGGCUAG